GGCCUCCUGAGCCCUCGGCCGGCGGCUCCCUCCUAACAGCCCCAGACUCAGUCCGCUCCAGUCGGGGAGCCUCCCCUCGUCCCCUGAGGAGGGGCGGACACCUGCCGCUGUAUCUCCCCCAAACGGGGUCCUCGCUUGGCCGACUCCUCACACCCACACAGACGGCAGAGAGCUUUCAGCAACCCGUCUUGCCUCCCUCUCCAACUCCAGAACCUUCAGACUUCCGCUCGUUCCUACUGUCCCCGGCCCCCUCCCCUGUCCACCCUCACAGGGAGACACCCCAGCCCCUCACGGAGCCUGGUUCCGUGCCUGCGGGCCCUUCCUGACCACCCUCCUCUCUCAUUCACCCCUCACCCUCCAGACCUCACUUUUCACCCUCUGCUCUCUUCUCCUCACCCCCCUUGGCUCCUCUUUGAGCCCCCGCCUAAACCGGAGGCCAGUGGGUACCCCGUACCCCAGGAUGUGAGCUCCUCUGGUCUGUAAUGCUGUGGCUGGCCUUUGGCCCCUUCCAUGCCAUGGAGAACCAGGUGCUGGUCAUUCGCAUCAAGAUUCCAAACAGUGGCGCGGUGGACUGGACAGUGCACUCCGGGCCGCAGUUACUCUUCAGGGAUGUGCUGGAUGUGAUAGGCCAGGUUCUGCCUGAAGCAACAACCACCGCAUUUGAAUAUGAAGAUGAAGAUGGUGAUCGAAUUACAGUGAGAAGUGAUGAAGAAAUGAAGGCCAUGCUGUCGUAUUAUUAUUCCACAGUAAUGGAACAGCAAGUAAAUGGACAGUUAACAGAGCCUCUGCAGAUAUUUCCAAGAGCCUGCAAGCCUCCUGGGGAACGGAACAUACAUGGCCUGAAGGUGAAUACGCGGGCCGGACCCUCUCAACACAGCAGCCCAGCAGUCUCAGAUUCACUGCCAAGCAAUAGCUUGAAGAAGUCUUCCGCUGAACUGAAAAAAAUACUAGCCAAUGGCCAGAUGAAUGAACAAGACAUACGAUAUCGAGACACUCUUGGCCAUGGCAACGGAGGCACAGUCUACAAAGCAUAUCAUGUCCCAAGUGGGAAAAUAUUAGCUGUAAAGGUCAUACUACUAGAUAUUACACUGGAACUUCAGAAGCAAAUUAUGUCUGAAUUGGAAAUUCUUUAUAAGUGUGAUUCAUCGUAUAUCAUAGGGUUUUAUGGUGCAUUUUUUGUAGAAAACAGGAUUUCAAUAUGUACAGAAUUCAUGGAUGGGGGAUCUUUGGAUGUAUAUAGAAAAAUCCCAGAGCACGUCCUUGGAAGAAUUGCAGUAGCAGUUGUUAAAGGCCUUACCUAUUUGUGGAGUUUAAAGAUUUUACAUAGAGAUGUGAAGCCCUCCAAUAUGCUAGUGAACACCAGAGGACAGGUCAAGCUGUGUGAUUUUGGAGUUAGCACUCAGCUGGUGAAUUCUAUAGCCAAGACGUAUGUUGGAACAAAUGCUUACAUGGCGCCCGAAAGAAUUUCAGGGGAGCAGUAUGGAAUCCAUUCUGAUGUCUGGAGCUUAGGAAUCUCUUUCAUGGAGCUUGCUCUUGGGAGGUUUCCAUAUCCUCAGAUUCAGAAAAACCAGGGAUCUUUAAUGCCUCUCCAGCUUCUGCAGUGCAUUGUUGAUGAGGGAAGUGCCAGGGCACCAUGGCCUACCCAGUGAAAAGCACAGUCUCCAGGUUUCCUGGGCUCGGCUGUUCCUGGUCCUUCAGGCCCCUUGACAUCAGAACAUUCAGGUACAGUUAUUCCUCACCAAUAACAUGUGUAAUGCUGUGGGUUAAUUUGAAGGCUUUCUGCAUUAAAUAUGUAUUUUCAUCCCUUAUUUUAAAGUAGCAGUAGUUGCUCUUAAAUUUUAAAUAUUUUGCUUGUAUGAUUUGGGCAAAAUCGUGAGACUUUUGAAAUUAUCAUAGGGAGAUGUUUUAUCUACGGGGAAAGGUCUGCGUGAUGAAAGAGGGUAGCGUGUAACUAGGCAAUAUGUUUUUCUUUAUAGCAUUUCUUCCUCAGUCGAGGUACAAAUAUAACUUAGGCACCUAUCCACACUUGCUACAAAAACAUGAAAAUACAUUUUUUAUGGAAACUUAGGAAAUUCAUGUUGUCUUUACCAAAACAAUAAUUUGACGCUGGAAUCGUUCAGUCAUAAGAGUAUUAGGAAAGGAUUGGUGAGAUGACCUGUCAUAGCAUCUAAGGAAGACAAGAUCGGUGGUGUCCUUUAGUUACUGCGCUUGUCCCAUGUAUUUCCCAGAUUUCUCACUACUGUGAUGCAGUGUUCCUUUAAAAAGUGGUCCAAGGACCAACUGCAUCAAAAUUCCCUAGGCUCUUGUUAAAAAUGCAGAUUUCCUGGCCCCAGAUAACCAAAUUAGACUUUCUAAGGGUAGGGCCCAGGAAUCUCCACUUUCCUAGCCUCCUAGGGAACUCUUGGCACAUGAAAGUUUGAGGACCUUUUCUAUAAUUUUUUUUUUAGGGUUCAGCAUCUCUUCUAGAGCCUACAGGGCAAUUAACUAUCUAUCUUCAUUUGCAUCUGACUUUUAAGCCUUCUGUUCCUGAUGGGGAAACUCUGUUGGUGUAGUAGUUAAGUGCUAAGGCUGCUAACCAAGAGGUCGGCAGUUCAAAUCCACCAGGUGCUCCUUGGAAACUCUAUGGGGCGGUUCCAGUCUGUCUUAUAGGGUCGCUAUGAGUCAGAAUCGACUCAAUGGCAACAGGUUUAUUCCUGGUGAUGGAUCCCUGGUGGCAGAGUGGUUAAGAGCUACACCUGCUAACCAAAAGAUUGGCAGCUCAAAUCCACCAGCCGCUCCUUGGAAGCCCUAUGGGGCAGUUCUGCACUAUCUUAUAGGGUCACUAUGAGUCAGAAUCAACUCCAUGGUAAUGGGUUAUUCCUGGUGGCACAGUGGUUAAAGCGCUCCGCUGCUAACCAAAAGUUUGGCAGUUUGAACCCACCAGCUACUCCGUGGGAGAAAAGUUGUAGCAGUCUGCUCUUCUAAAGAUUCACAUCCUUGUAAACCCUGUGGGACAGUUCUACUAUCCUAAUGGGUCACUAUGAGUCAGACUUGACUCAAUGGCAGUGAGCUUGAUUUUUGGUUUUUCCUGAAGAAAUAUGACCAGCCAGGGUUUGAGUCAUGUUACUCCUUGGGUAUGGGAUUUACCCUGUUGUGCAAUAGAUAUCCACUGCUUGUAUGUACCUUUUCUUUUAGAGAAAAGUCAGAUCCCGGAGUGUCACACCUAAGAAAAACUAAUUGGAACAAAAUGGGUAUAUUUAGAGUCAUGUAUAAAAGUUCAGUGUAACAUAUUUCAUUUUUAUCUGCAUUCAUCUUGACUCCUGUCAUAGCCUGGCAAAGAGUAAAGAAGUAGUAAAAUAAGGCCAAUAUAGGCAGGAGCCCAUGCCCUAGAGUGGCCAGAGGUGAAUGUCAGAGCCAUUCAGGGAGCCAGGAGGUAGAAUUGUGGGACAAAGCCAGAGUCAGUCACCAGAUGUCAAAACAGAAGACACCAAAAACUAAACAGAGGAGCAAGAAUCAUGAACAUAAAAUUUGAACCACAAACCAGGAACUGGAAGGGUAGUUAAAGUAACAGGAGAAUGGAGCUCCAGUCAAAAAUCUGGACAAUCUAGUUUAAUUCUAGUGGAUAGAGUUUAUCUGACUUGGAAUUGGCUAACUCAAGAUGUGAGUGAUCCAAUGCCUCUGGGUUGCUUCUCUCAAUAGAACUUCUUACCUUACCUUAAAAGCUUUAUGUAACCAUGUCCUCUCCAAGCCCCCAAACACCUGCAUUGUAAAGUAUUCUGGUUCAUUGUUAGUGAUAUGUGUCUACAGGCACCAUGAUGCCUUAGCCAUUGGAUAGCUUUAGGGAAUGAAGUGGCCCCUAUUGUCUAGAUAACUGAGAUUUACUAUUUUAAUCUCUGGCAUCUAUGAGGAAAUUUGCAUUUUUAGAAAGAAAUGUUUCUAAAAUGUAUUUGCUUCUGGCAGCCUGUUGACAAAGUGUAAUGAAUAUAAUUUAACCUUUUCUUGAUGAGUCAGGUUCUUGUUUUGAACAUGGUGCUGAACUAAACUUUGAUAUAUUGAUGCCCUCUAGGGCUAUAAAAUUGUGUAGGGCUUAUCUUAUUUUUUCACUGAAUUUUACUAAUCAUUUUACCUAGGUGUUCGGCAUUGGCACUCAAGGGUGUUCUCAGGGCUUCUUGAGGUGUAUGGAGCCAUUUGCUUCCAGGCUAAAUAGCCCUACUUGGCUGUGCUACUCUGCUUAGUGCUUUUCCUGUGUUCUUUCUUGUGACCACCUGCAUUCUCCAUGGCUAGUCCUCAUUAUUGUCAGUGACUAUCUGCCGUCUCAACAACCUGACAACCUGUAAUUCAGCCUUUGCUCUCCUGAUAGUGACCCUAGCAAAACUAAAAAGUGCCAGAUGAAAUCAUACACCAAAGUGGUACAAGAAGGCCAAAUGAGCUCUUCUGAGAAUGGAGGCUCUACCCCUCUUUAAUGAAGCACAAUGGGUGGGCUUGUUUUCAUUCAUUUAGCAAAUAGUUAUCAAGUUAUGUAUGCAGGCCUGAGUUGAGCAAACCAUGGUCAGAGCAGCUUCCAAACCUAGAGAGAACUGAGCUUCUAGGUAGGACAUCCAGGUUGACUGCAGUUGAGGUCUGUGAGCCAGGGUAGAAAGGCAAAGCACAGUCCCACAUCAUGGGCUAACACAGGAUACUGGGGCUCAGGAGGCUACAUAGCCCGCUGAAGUUCUCCCCAGUGCCUGGGCUCCCAGAUCGGCUGGCAAGAAAGGGCUGGCCACUGGUGUGGUAAGGUUGUAGCAGGUGGGAACGCAGCAGUGGUAUCUAGGCCACCAGAUCCCGGGCUGGCUGGGGCCAAUGGUGGCAGCCAUCAGUGUACUGAGGUGCUGGGAACUGAGGAGAAUGAAGCAAAGACCUCACCCUUGACCCUGCCCCCGAGUAGCCCAUAGCCUAGAAAAGAGAUGGACAUGGAAAUGAAUAAUUUUGGUCAGUGUUUCAGUGUAAGAUGCAUACUGUAGGACCACAGAGACCAGAAAGUUUGUUCUCCCAGAGAUGGGUGUGGAUUAAGAGACCCGUCGGGGAAGGGGACAUUUAAGGUAGAUCUUAAAGGAUGAGUAAGAGUUUUCCAGGUCUGGAAGAAAAUGUCAGACAAAAGAAUUUGAAACUUCCUUAUGAGUCAUUUUUUAAUUCACAGAUGUGUUUCAGAAUGUUCGGGUUGUCUAAAAUAUCACAACCACAAAAGUGGUUUAUUACUUGGUGUGUGUAAAUACAUCUCUGAGUGUAUGUGUGCAUGCGUAUAUAUAUACAUUUCAAGCGUAUAACAGCCAAAAAGUAAUUUCCAUCUAACAUCUGUAGGUGCUCAGCAAGACAAUUAACAAAUUCUUAAUUUAUACUUCUGUUUAUUUAUUCAUUUUAUCAGUAAAAAAUGAAUUUAAGUUAUCUUUUAUAACUGAUCAGAAGUAUCUUCUGCAUGAAAGUGUUGAUUUCUUAGUAAGAGCUAUAAAAACCAAACAAAACAAACCCGUUGCUGUUCGGUGGAUUCCGACCUAUAGAACAGAAUAGAACUACUUCGUAGUGUUUCCAAGGAGCACCUGGUGAAUUUGACUGCCAGCCUUUUGGUUACCAGCUAUAACUCUUAACCACUAUGCUACCUGGGUUUUCAGUAAGAACCAUAAGAUUUGUAAAAUACCAAAAUGUUUUUGGAAUAUAAACACAAGCUUUUGGUGGUCAGUAAUGGUCUACAGGAGUCCCCAGGUGGGGUAAGCAGUUACGCACUCAGCUGCUAACUGAAAGAUUGGCAGUUAGAGUCUACCCAGAGGUACCUCAGAAGAAAGGGCUGAUGAUGUACUUCUGAAAAAUCAGCCAUUGAAAACCCUGUGGAACACAGUUCUACUCUGGCAUGUAUGGGGUCUCCAUGAGUCAGAAUCUGCUCAAUGGCAACUGGUUUUUUGCCUGUUUUUGUUUUUUUUUUCCAGUGGUCUACAAUUGGGCCAGGUGUGUAGACAAACAGUGGGAUUGGUUGUUUAAGAUCCUAGCUGAAUAAUUCUGGGAUUUGAUAAUUGUUCUUCCCUGCCGUGCAUAGGAAGAAAGAAAGAUUUGCCUUAGGAACUGCAUGGCACAGCAGUCUACAUGCAACCCUAGGGUGGGUCUAAUGAAGAGUUUGCCUUUCUGCUUACUCUAAGAAGGCUUCCUGAGGAAGGUGAGCAUAGAGCAGGACUUCGAUAGAGGACAGUGGUGUAGGAAGAAUGUAGAGGACAGUGGUGUAGGAAGAGUAUGGAAACUGAACAGACAACUGGCCAAGGAUCUAAGGGGUACAGAAGGAGGAAAACAGCAGUAAUUUAUAACAGAAGGAAAUUUGGAAAUUUUACAAAUAUCUGGAAGCAACACAAUCCUAAAUAACCAGUGGGAAAGAAGAAAUCACAAGGGAAAUUAGAAAACACUUUGAGAUGAAUAAAAAUGAAAUCACAGCAUACCAAAACUUGUGGGAUACAGGAGAAUCAGAGCCCAGAGGGAAAUUUAUAGCUGUAAAUGUCUCCAUUUAAAAAGGAAGAAAGAUUUCAAAUCAGUAACCUAAGCUUCCACUUUAAGAAAUUAGAAAAAGAAAAGCAAACUGAACCCAAAACAAGCAGAAGAAAGGAAUAAUGAAGAUUAGAGCAGAAAUAAAUGAAACAGAGAAUAGAAAAACACUUGGAAAAAAAAAAAUCAUUGAAACCAAAAGUUGAUUCUUUGAAAAGAUCGACAAAAUUGACAAACCUUUACCUAGACUGACCAAAAAAAAGAGAAAAGAUUCAAAUUACUAAAAUCAGGCAUGAAAUAAGGGACAUUACAGAAAUAAAAAGGAUUAUAAGAGAAUACUAUGUACAAAUGUAUGCAAACAAAUUGGAUAACCUAGAUGAAUGGACAAAUUCCUAGAAAAACACAAAUUACCAAUAUUAAGAAGAAAUGCAGAAUCUGAAUAGACAUAAAAUAAGUAAAAGGAUUUUUUUUUUUUUUUUUUAACUUUCCACAAAGAAAAACCCAGGACCGAAUGGCUUCCCUGGUGAAUUGUACCAAAUAUUUGAAGAAGAAUUAAUACCAGUCCUUCUCAAGCUCAUUCAAAAAAUGGAAGAAGAGGGAAAACUUCAUAACUCCUUCCGAGGCCAGUAUUACCCAGAUGCCAAAGCUUACAAAGUCUUCACGAGAAAGUUACAGGCCAAUAUCCCUUAUGAAUAUAGAUGCAAAAAUACUAGCAAACCAAAUUUAGCAGUAUAUAAAAAGAAUUAUACACCAUGACCAAGUAUGAUUUAUCCCAGGAGUGCAACAUUGGCUUAACACAUGAAAAUUAAUAUAAUACACCGUAUUAAUAGAAAAAAAGGACAAAGCUCACAUAAUCAUCUCAAUAGACACAGAAAAAGCAUUUGACAAAAGCCAACAUCCUUUCACAAUAAAAACAUGCAACAAACUUGGGAUAAAAGGGAACUUCCUCAACCUGAUAAAUAGUACCUAUGAGAAACCCAAGCUAAUAUCAUAUCUGAUAGUGAAAGACUGAAAGUUUGUACCCCUGAGAUCCAGAACAAGACAAGGAUGUCUACUCUUGCCACUUCUAUUCAACAUUGUACUGGAGGUCCUAGCCAAGGCAAGAAAAAGAAAACGCACCCAGACUGGAGAAGAAUGAGUAAAAAACUAUUUGUAGGUGACAUGAUAAAGAAUACACACACACACACACUAUUAGAGCUAAUAAAUUAGCUCAGCAAAUUUGCAGUAUACAAGAUCAAUAUACAAAAAUCAGAUAAUUUCCAUACAAUACCAAUGAAUCCAAAAUUGAAAUUAAGAAAACAGUUCAAUUUACAAUAACAUUAAAAAGAAUAAAAUACUUAGGGAUAAAUUUAACAAAAGAGUGUAAAACUUAUACACUGAAAACUACAAAACAUCAUUGAACGAAAUUAAAGAAAACCUAAAUAAGUGGAAAGACAUUCCAUGUUCAUGAAAUGGAAUACUUAAUAUUGUUAAGAUGACAGUAUUCCCCAAGUUGAUCUACAGAUUCAAUGCAAUCCAUAUCAAAAUCUCAGUAGGCUUUUUUGGCGAAAUGGACAGGCUUAUCUUAAAAUUCAUAUGGAAAUACAAGGGACCCAGAAUGGCCAUAAUAAUCUUGAAAAGAAGAGCAAAGUGAGAAAACUCACACUUCCUAGUUUCAAAACUUACUACAAAGCUACAGUAAUCUAGAUAGUGUGGUACUGGUGUAAAGAAAGACAUAUGGAAUAAAAUUGAGAGUCCAGAAAUAAACCCAUAUGUCUAGGUCAGUUGAUUAUUGACAGGCAUGCCAAGACUAUUUAAUGGGGAAAAAUAAUCUUUUCAACAAAUAGUUCUAGGACAACUGAAUAUCCACAUGCAAAAGAAUGAAUUUGGACCCCUACCUCACAUCAUAUAUAAAAACUAGAAAAUUAAUGCCAAAUGGAUCAAAGACCUAAGAACUAAAACUAUAAAACUCUUAGGAGGAGACAUAGAUAUAAAUCUUUGUGACCUUGGAUUAGGCAAUAAUUUCUUAGAUAUGACACCAAGAGCACAAAGAAAGAAAAGAUAAAUUGGGCCUAAUCAAAAUUUAAAACUUUUGUGCAUCAAAAGAAACCAUCAAGAAGGUGAAAAGAUGACCCACAGGAUGGGAGAAAAUAUUUACAAAUUACAUAUUGAUAAGGGUCUAGUAUCCAGAAUAUCUGAAGAACUCUUACAACCCUACAAUAAAAAGACAACCCAAUUAAAAAAUGAGCAAAAGAUUUGAAUAGACAUUUCUCCAAAGAAAAUGUACAGAUGGCCGAUAAAAUAAGCACAUAAAAACAUGUUCAACAUCAUUAGUCAUUAGGGAAAUGCAAAUCAAAACCCAGUGAGACUACUUUCCCACAAGGAUGACUAUAAUAAUGAAACACACACACAUACAGAGGAAAAAAUACAUGUUGGCGAGGGUGUAGAGAAAUUGGAAUCCUCAUACAUUGUUGGUGGAGAUGAAAAAGGUACAGCUGCUAUGGAAAAUUUUGGCAGUUUCUCAAAAAAUUAAACACUGAACUACCAUAAAAAAAUAUAUAUAUAUAUAACCUGGCAAUUCUUGUUAUUAGGUGCUGUCCAACUCACAGAGACAAUAUGGACAACAGAACGGAACACUGCCCCAUCCUAGCCGUUCUACUCGUAGGUGUAUAACCAAGAGAAUUGAAAACAUGCGUCUACACAAAAACUUGUACAUGAGUGUUCAUAGCAUCAUUAUUCAUAAUAGCCAAAAAGUGGACGUGUCCACCAACUAGGCACAGUGGGUUAAGCACUCGGCUGGUAACCGAAAGAUCAGCGGUUCGAACCCACCAGACACUUGGCAGGCAAAACAAUGCAGCAAUCUGCUUCCGUAAAGAUUUACAGCCAUGGAAACCCCGUGGGGCAGUUCUGCUUUGCCUUUGAGGGUCGCUAUGAGUCAGAAUCAACUCGAUGGCAACAAGUUUGGUUUUUUUUUCAGUUGGUCUGUCAACUGAUGAAUGGUAAACAAAAUGUGGUAUGUUCAUAUAAUGGAAUAUUGUUCCAUCCUGAAGAGGAAUGAAAUAUGAUAUAUGCUACAAUAUGGAUGUACCUUGAAAACUGUGUGCUAAAUGAAAGAAGCCAGACACAAAAAGCCACUUAUUAUAUGAUCCCAUUUAUAUGAUAUGUCCAGAAUAGACAAAUCCAUAGAGACAAAAAUUAGAUCAGUGGUUGCUAGGGGCUGGAGAAGAGGUAGGUGGGGAAGGGGAAUUGGGAGUGACUGCCAACAGGUACUGGAUUUCUUUUAUGGGGUGAUGAAAGUGUUCUGGAAUUAAGUUGUACACUUUAAAAGGAUAAAUUUUAUGUGAGUUGUAUUUUAAUAAUAAAUGUUCAAAGGUAAAAGGAAAUAAAAAUGAGUUUUUUAUAAUGGCCUCUGUGUUUAGCUGCCAUGUUAUAGGACAGAGGUCCUUUUCAGCUGGAUAGGAUGGACCUCCAUAGAAGAAGAGAAGGCAAACUUAGACCACAUUCCAUUUUUUUUGCAGGACUAGCCCUGCUAGAAAAAUCCAUAUAUUAAUUUACUUCAGGGAGGAUUUACUGAGUUCCUGCAUGGACCAGGAUUUCUACCAGGUGCUAGGAUAAAUCUCUGUUCUGGAUGACUUCAUGAUCUAGUGAGAGACAAGCUCAAAAACUAAAUUUGAUUCAUCAGUGUGAUAAGAACAGUAAUGAAGGGAGGUAAACAGUGCUGUGAGGGAUCCUGCCUAGCACUGGGCUGGAGAGUGGUAGGCUGGAAGAGCUGGGAAGGUAACAGAGGAGGCUUCAAAGAGUAGAUGCCAUUUGAGCUAGGUCUUAAAGGAUGCUUGUUGUUGUUGUUGGUUACCAUCAAGUCAAUUCUGACUCAUGGAAACCCCACAUAGACAGAGUAGAACUUCUGCAUAAGGUUUUCAAGGCUGUAACCUUUUGGAAGCAGAUCUCCAGGCCUGUCUUCAAGGUACCUCUGGGUGGGUUUGAACCACCAACCUUUCGAUUAGUAGCCAAGUGCUUAACCGUUUGCACCACCCAGGGGCUCGGCAUUCACAUAGUGAAGAGAAGGAGAAGGCGGCUCCUGCAGAGGAAGUAACAGGCAUUUGUGUGAAAGUGGGGGACAGCUUUGCAGACUAACUAUUGGCCCAAAAUAGGCUGAAAAAAUGUAGGUGGGAGUCUCAAACGCAGUGUUAAGAAGCUGAGAUAUUGCCCUAUAGUAGACAGAGGAGAUCCAUGGAAGGAUCAACAUGGUUAGAUCUGUAUUUUUUAAAAGAUAAUUCUGUCGAAGGUAGAUUGGGUUAGUAGGAAAAAGGAGGCAAGGAGAAAAUCUCCAAAGGUCUUUAAUAAUUCGGUUGUAAACCAAGCUUCUUCAUUUUUCUCCUCCUUUCCCCAGCCCUCGAUUUUCUCAUCCACUCUUCCAUGUAUCACCCUCUUCUAGAACAGAGAAUGUCAGUUGCCUCUUUGGUUCGCAAGACUCCGGUAGAGGUAUCUUAGCUGUGUGAUUAAGCUCCAUCCUCUUUGCUGAGCUGCCAGACUGGGGCUGUCCUGAUGGGAGGGCUAUCCUGCCCAGCUCUCCCAUCAAGCGAUGCUUCCUUCCAGCACUGGACAUGUUUGCUGGCAUUUCUAGAAAACAUCAGGGAACCACGUCUAAGCAAAGAGUCUACAUGAGGCCUCUUGUGAGUUCAGGUGUUUUGUGGGCUGGAUGAUUGUCCCCAUUUAUAAUGACUCUUUUUAGUGCUACUGUAAUGAUGUGAAUAUGCCAGCCAGACAGAUAAGUAAAUAGAAGAGGCUCUCUUAUGUCUUCAUUAAAUUUUAUGGUUAAAUAGAGUCAUAAGAACUUGCAGAAGGCAUAGACUUUUAUAAGUAGAAUUUUGUAAUGAUGGGCUCUUUUUUUUUUUUUUUUUGCCAGGAUAGUCUGUUCCUAUCUUAAGCGAGCAUACUUUACUCUUCAUUACCAUUGAGGGCCCAAGGCCAGACUCCCCUUCCUCCUCUGUUGCCCAUCGUGCAGCUGGGCACCUCCUUUCCAUCAGCCUUUGCCCAUCCCCACUGUGGCAUCCCUGUCAACCUCCUUUUCCCAGCUACAGACCUUAUGGGGAUAACCAUCACCUCCUCCGCCCCAACCCCACACGGGGGCACAAAGGUCUCCUUCCUGGAGCUGUGACUUGAAACAGCUGUACCUGUCUGUUGCCCUGGCACUUCGUCUGCGCAUCGUUGUGAUGAUUCCAUGAGGGGCACUGUGUGUUUUGAGUUCCGUAUGCAUUCCCAAUGAACUCUAGGAUAACCCGCCUGUUUCCUGAAUGAAGGACGGCCUGAAUAUGACAAGAAUGUCCCCCUUUUUUAUUUUACUUACAAUGCUUUGUUUGAUAGAGAAGGAAAGAAACUAAGAGACUAGUUAAAGGUACACAUAAGUUUUUAUUUAUUUAAGGUCUGUGUGCCUUGUAUUAUAUAAAAGUUCUACUUCUAAAAGACAUUUGCAAAUCAGAUUGUAUUGAUACAGUAAUUGAUUUUCACAUUUUUUUUAAAGCCCCAGGCCCCUCUGUGUUUUUCGGAAAGCCACAUUGUGAAGCUGGUAAACAUGAAACUAUUCUGGUUUAAUCAGAGGUUAGGAGGCUUAGAUCUCCACCCCUCUUCUCCCAGGCACUUGCAUAAAAGUUCUUAGAUUGCCAGAGACUGUAAUUUGAAAACUGCUGGUUAUAACCCAAACCAUCACUCUGUACACCUGUACUAGUCCCAGAGCAAGGCACUGGAGACAGAGAAUGAAUGGCGCAGUUGCCACCAUUAAAGAGCCUCCACUCUAGCCAAGGAGGCAGAGAAGUAAACAGUCGUUUAUAAACCGAUCACUUUAAACUCAACUGCAGGUAGUGGAAGUGGUAGGAGACUUGAUGGCCUCGGCUCUCAGAGGGCCACAGUGACUGUCAUUUUAACCACUCAUGUAAUGGGUAUUUACAAUCUGGUAUUUAGUGAUGUUUGCGGCUAUAUAAAUUCUAUAAUAAAAGUGUGGACAAGCUGCUGGGCAAACACCGAGAAGACAGAUGAAGACUAACAGAGAAAGCUCCACAGAGAAGGGAAGGCCCCAAGGGCCAGUAGCCUCCAAGGUACCAGAAGUUCUCACAGGGAGCUGGAUGUGGCUGCAGUGCCUGGGAAAGCAUGAGAGAUGAGGCAAAGGCCACAUUUUGGAGGACCUCUACACAGCCCUGGUGUCGCAGCGCUUAAGAGCUAUGGCUGCUAACCAAAAGGCCAGCAGUUUAAAUCUACCAACCGCUCCUUGGAAACCCUGUGGUUUCUACUACUCUGUCCGGUAGGCCACUGUAAGUCAAAAUUGACUCAAUGGCAGCAGGUUUGUUUUUUGUUUUUUUUUUUACAUACCACAAAACACUUCUACUUUACCCUGAAGGUAUUUUCCGGGGCAAGACAAAUAUAGGGCAGUUUUAGGCAAGGAAUCAACAUAACCAGAUUUCUGUUUAAAAAAGUCACUCUGGCGGGGAUGGGGAAGGUGGAUAGGGAAGGACAGCUAAGAAGCUUUACCCCGUUCAGAAAUUAUGAUAAGGGCCUUAAUUAGGCAGCCUUCGCCUGUCUGAAGGGUAUUUAGGAGAUAGAAUGAACUGGAUUUGGUGAGUAAUUGGAUGUAGGGGAGGGAUGAAGCAUAGGCUUGGGCAAUGGGGUGCCUGGUGGUACCAUCACUGAGAUGAGGCACACAGAGAGAGGGCAUCAGGGAAGAAGAAAACUAGCAUUCUAUUCAUAGGAGGUUCAGAACCAUCUUAAUUCCUGUUCCAGCCCUGAUUAUAAAAACUUUAACUACAGUCUAAGUUCCUGGAGGGCUUUUUAUUUCUGUCUUCAUAGUACUGUACCUAAUGUACAGUGCCUGUUGAUGUCAAGUCGAUUCUGACUCAUAGCGACCUUAUCGGACAGAGUAGAACUGCCCCAUAGGGUUUCCAAGGAGCACCUGCUGGAUUUGAACUGCCGACCUGUUGGUUAACAGCCAUAGCUCUUAACCACUGAGCUACCAGGGUUCCAGUGUACAGUACCCAUUGCCAUCGAGUCAAUUCUGACCCAUAUCCUAUAGGACAGAGUAGAACUACCCCACAGGGUUUCCAAGGAGUGCCUGGUGGAUUAGAGCUGCUGACCUUUUGGUUAGCAGCCACGUACAGUAGGUACUAGUAUUUGUUGAAUGAAGGUUGUGCAUAAAUAUAAGAGCUUAUUACCUGUUUUUUCAAGUCCUUAGGGAAAAAAAUGCAAAAAGUAGUAGCAGGCAUAUGAUAAGAGGUUUCUGGUGUACUUAGCUAAUAUACAUGGGCCUUUAUCGAAAUUCAGAACUUAGCAUUGACCUUCGUGAUUUACGAAAUGCUUCCCCAUGUUACAUUGCUUCCCCACAGUACUCCAUUUUAUAGAUGAGGAAAGCGACUAUAGUCAAAGGCUAAUGCUCUUUCCACUAUGCUAUAAUUAACCUUGACAGAAGUAAAAAAAAUGAUGGCUGAACAUCUUGGCAUCAAAGGAAGGAUUUUUUUUUUUAACUAUAAACAAACACCUAACUUAGCAUUGCAGACAUGCCCCAAGGGUAAAGGUAUAUUACAACACAGUUCCGUUUUGCUGUCUGUAGGAGUGACUCCAAAUCUUUAAGAAAGAAUUGAAUUUCAUUCUGCGUGUUCUGUUUAAGUUGGCACAGAGACACUUGACUCCUCCUGGAAAGAUUGCUAUUAAAAUAGAAAAAUGUGGGCCCUUAAGUGUCUAUUUCUGUCGACUGGAUGGCACUUAACAACAACAAGCCUCUGUUAUUAAAAAAUCAUUCAUGCAGAAUCACUCAUUCCUGGACAGGUUAAGUGAAGUCUGGUUAACUGAGGAGCUGCUGAGCUAUGAUCAUACCAUGUACUCUCCUGGAGGGGCGUGAAAGUGGCUGCUGAAUAAGAUCUACCGAGAACUCAAAAAGUGGCAUUAACCAACUCCAGAGGGGAAAAUGUCCAUUCAUCUUUUGCUCGAGGGACUUUGCCAUAAUUCUGGCUUCUCAAAUUAGCAAGAAGUAAAAGGAACAUCCCGCACCUCUCCUGCUCCCAGCACCCUUUGCCGUUAUGUGCCCUCAAGUUGAUUUCGACGCAUAGUGACCCCAUGUAAUAGAGUAGAACUGCCCCAUCAGGUUUUCUAGACUGUAAUCUUUACAGGAGCAGAUCCCCAGGCCUUUCUCUCGCAGAGCAACUAGAUUGGCUUGAACCACCAACCUUUCAGUUAGCAACAGAGUGCUUAAUCAGUGCACCACCAGGGCUCCUUCUCAGCACCCUAAGCAUAGCCUGUUCCUUUCACAACACAUAAUUGCAAGUCAUCUAAAGUGGGCCGAGACUUGAUGGCCUGAGCUCUCAGAAGACCGUGCAGGCCCAGAGCUUCUGACCAGUAUGGCUGGCACUCCAACCACUCAUAUAAAUGAGCAUUUAAGAUGUGGUGUUUAAUAUGUUUGCAACUUGUACGAGUUACUGACUGAGGCAUCAGAAACUUGUAAGUUAAUACAAGUGGAGGCACACAAUAGUCCUGUCCUCCAGCGAUAUUAUUAACUAGACCUGUGCCUCCUCAUAGCAUGAGGAAUAUACAAUUGGGAGCUUGAAAACUGAUAUUCUUCUUUUAUGUAAGGCAAUCUUUAGAAAUCUAAUACCUCCUUUAAAAAGUCCAGUAUGUUUAAAUUAAUACAGUUUGGCUAGUUUGCAGAUUGAAAAUAGGUUAGCAUUAAGGCCGUGAUUCCAUUAGUAAUUACUUUUUCUAUUGGUAAUAACUGUUUCUUUAGAAAUGACAUUAACAUUCUACCAAAACACAGCAGUAAUCCAAAAGUUAAUGUUCUGUUCAUUUAUAAUUAUAUUUAAUUCAUAUUUAUGAGUUGUCGGGAGGGAGGAAUAAGAAAGAAUUGAGUUAAGGAAAAAAGGUACAGAAGAAGCAAGUUAAAAUAAAAUUCUUUCCUGAUAGUCUGAAGGAUGUACAAAGCCACUUGAAGUAGAAAAAAUUAAUUUUUAAAUAUGCAGUUAUAUAAAAUCAGAUUUUCUUAGCUACUGCUGAAAAAGUUCAUAUUUUUAUUAUGAAUGGCACUGAGUGAAUUCAGAGGAUAGAAUUUUUCCUUUUUCUUUUUACAAAACAAUAUUAGCAUAAACAUCCCUAUGAUUUUUAUUUCAGUAAGUCAAUUAGAUUUGUGGUCUUUGGUGGAGGGGCGGGGGGGAGGCUAUCCAGGAAGAAUUCUACAUCUUUAGGCAGUCAUUGAACAAGUAGCUUUGUGUUGUUUUCUUUGAAUUGUCCAUGAAGCCUGAUGUAUUAUUAAUGAAUUAAUUUCUUGGUGGUGGAGGCCUAUGAAUAGCAUCCUGUGAAUGGGCAGUUGCCUGGUGGGGCCAGUUUUGGCUGCUGCCAUUUAACAUGUGUUGCUCUAUUGUGAAGCCUUACCCAGCUGUAGGACAAUGCUCGUUUAAUCCACCAUGAUGGGACCUACACACCCCAAGCCCAAGUUGGAUGCCAGGGUCAGUUACCCAGAAGCUCGAGCUGGGCCAGUGCUUUGCUUCUCUGCCGAGUUGCUAUAAUCACUCUGCCUGCCGUUAAUUUCCCCUAAACCAGGGAAAAUGCGCAUGUGAGUAGUACAAAUAUUCUCAAAAGAGAUUCCAAACUGGUCGGCUGGGGUGUUGCCUCCAUUCCAGAAUGAAGGCAGCAUUCCAGGGAGCGUAAGUUCCUUCCUUCCUCCUGGAAAUGGAAGCGUCUGGGCCCAUGAGCUCCCUGAUGUUCUGAGGUCCAGAGUAGCAGAUGGCAUUAUGAUUUUCCAAAUCCUGAUGAACAUUCUAACUGAACUUGUUCAUUUCACAGUAUGUAGUUCUAUUUUUUUCACUUCCUCUCCCUUCCUCCCUUCCUCUCUUUGUUCCUCUCAUAUUAACAAAUUUUGAACUGCUGCAGCAUCUCCUUAUUUUUUUUUUUUUAUCUCCUUUAGCUGGCUCUAAAUUCCCUUCUCUCUGUCGUUUAUUGAAUGGACCCAGGUACAGCACAAUUUCACAUACAAUUCUCGGCCUUUGAAUGUGUUUAAAAAUGUGUAAGCAAAUACCACCAACACUCGUACACCGUGCAGCCACUGUAAAUUCUGCUUUUCCUCUUAUCCAUAGCUUGCAGUGCAGGUGGCAAAUGGCAGUAAUUAUUUUAACUAACAGUCGAGUGAACAUUUGGGAGGACAUCCAGUGUGGCGGUGUGGACUCUGGGUUUAUAGUGAGUUCUCAGAGUCUGACUUGAUAGUGUUAUGGCUUGUUGAUUUUUCAGGACACGGACCUACCAGCUUCUCGCACUUGAUGUGUGGAUGAGAUUGAGAUGCUUCCAUGCUAAUGCCUUACCUAUGAAAAGAGGAAUCCUCCCUUUCAUUUAGGAACCUGUUAAGGGUUUUCCUCUCCUGGAUUUUCCUCUUCCGCUUUUGUUAAAUCUAGUUUAUGAUCUACUUUGAAUCUAAGGCUACAUUUAAUCAACCCUCUUGUGCACAGGACCUGGUGAAAUGCCAGUGUGUAUCAGUAUUCUAAUCUUGGUCCUGGAUCACACAUGUGUAGCUGGACUUUUCCUGAGAAACAAGAUUGACCUUACGAGUGUAUGAAAUUCAAACGCUAUAUAGGGACAAGGUAAAACCACAGGUAGGAAUUGCUGAAUAAUUACCUUUAGACCAGCCUGGGCAGGAGGCUUCCCACGAGGGUGAGCUCAUUUAAUGGUUCCUAAAACUCAAUCUCAUGGAUGUCAGUGGUCAUGCUUGAUUAUUUGCAGCAGUGUUUUAUGAAAAAGCAAUAGGAAUGCAUCAGGAGGCUACAGAGAAAGAGGACAAUAGUGGGUUUUACUUUUGUAAAUGAAAUCCCUUUGGUAUGAGACAAGCAUGUUUUUUGCUGCUCUGCCUAAAGCAGUUAAAAAGGGAGGGUGUGUGUGGAUGUUAGGGUGUGUGUGCGCGCAUGUGCUGUUCACACAGGCACCUUUAAAUACGCUGUGCACUAUAGCUUAUGACCAACAAGAGGCCUAGAGUAAAAGGAAAAAAUGAUGCACACUGGCCUUGGAAAGGAAGCAAUUGCAAAUAGAGUUUAAAAGAUUAAUUCGUUUUCCAGUUCUUCACCCACAUAUUUUCAAGGGAUUUUACAAAACACCAAGAUCUUUGCCAUAUUUAGAAAAUGUCUCAGUAAAUAUCAGUCUUUUACAUGACAACAAAAUAGGCAGACUAGGUAAAAGGUUAGAUUUGAUAUUAAUGACACAGUUUCUUCCUCUGAUCUCUUACCCAAUACUGAAGAAUUUCUCCAAAAACUUAAGAGAAAAAGAUAAUAGGAAAAAUCCAUGUAAUCUCAAAUUUCAAUUAUCUAGAGACAGAUUCCUUUAGACUUGUUCAUUUGUAUUUUAUGUUUUUUAUCAGCCAUCUGGUAGUGGCGUUCACUUGCCUAACAGCUGUUUCUCCCUUGAUUUAAGGGCUUAUGGGUAAGGUGAGUGUUUCAGUGGCUAAAAUUCAAGCCUUUAGCCCCUGGUCCCACGCCCAUCUGAGACAGGUUAAAUGAGCUGCUACUGUCAGCCCAGACCCAGUGGACAGAACUUCACACCAAAAUGCCCACACAUGUAAUUUGUCACGUCUGGCAACCCAGAGCAUGAGGUGACCCAGUGUGGAAAUUGAACCAUCUUUCACUUUCUCUGCUCAAGGCUUGAUGUGGAAUGGGAUGAGUAAAAGCAGGCUCUCUGGUCUCCAGCUGAGGGGAGUCAGAGGCCUUCUUUUCUGAUGGUGUCCAUCUUGCAAGCCUUCCUAAAUUCAAAGCCUCAAACCUACCCUAGCUCUGUACCUCAUAAAACCCUGAGGACUAGGUCAGCUCCGUCUACAUGUUGAAAUUCGGGUAUACUUAAUAUCAAAGUGCUGUUUGUUCCCUCACAGUGUGGCCAUGUUUUUAGGUAAACCCACUCUUUUUAACAAACAUUGGUUGAAUUUGUACAAAUCUGAUAUGUAAUUACGGUUCACUCAUAUCUUAAACUGGGUGACUCACUCGGUGACUAACCAGGAGUACCCAUCCAUUUUCCACCUUUCUCCCUUUGAUAAGGUGGGACUUUUUUUUUUUUUUCUUUCU